AUGGUUCAUUCGAUCAGUUAUGAAUUUGAAGAUCAAACAGAUAGACCAAUAUGCCAGCGAUGUUCAAAGUCAUUUAAGUCCCACCUUACACUGAAGCAUCAUACUGAAGUCUGUUCUAAUCGUAAUUCGGAGCCAAGAUUCUGCUGUGAGGUAUGUCGAAAGAAAUUUAGGACUGAUAUUCAGUACACCCGUCACAUCUAUUACACUCAUUCACAACGUACAUUUCUGUGUAAAGAAAAAAGUUGUGGUAGAGCAUUCUUAUCAAACUCGCAUCUUAUAGCUCACAUGACAACACAUACGUCUGAUAGACCAUAUUCCUGUCCAGUACAAGGAUGUUCGUAUCAAGCCCGUACAGUCGGUCGACUUGCACAACACAAAAUUAUUCACGGUCAAGGUCGUCGUUUUUCUUGUGAUUAUUGUGAAUACAGCGCUACCACAUCUUCUAAUCUUCGUCGUCAUGCUCGUAUACACGCUGGGGCCAGGCCAUACUUAUGCCCUCAUUGUCCUCACCGUACUAGCGAACUAGAUGCUUUAAAAAAACAUGUUCUAGACUCUGGUAGGCAUCCGGGUCUACCACUUUAUGUGUGUCCGUGGUGUCGAUCGGAGUCCAGCACAGUCUGCGUUGGUUUUAAUGCUUCAAGUCUCGCAUGGCGACAUCUGCUCAGCGAGCAUUCAAGUGAGAUUAUGAAACCAGAAACACUGAGUCGAAUCGGUCGAGUAUCUGAAAAAUCGCUUUCAGAGCGUGAUGUCACUCGUCUUUUGGGUAUAUAUUGUCCGGAAAUCGACUCAACCCAACCACCAGAGAACACUGCUGUUAGGCAGCCAUCUGUUGCUAGCCGCCGUAAAAACCAAAAGGUAGAAACUCUUGGUAGACCCUAUUUUUCUGGAGAAAAUGAAUUAACGAUUAUAGAAACCAAAGAGUCAAAUUCAUCAGGAAAUAUAAAUCCCGUUGAGGAGGAUAAGAUUAGAUCUUCCCCAAUCCCUAUAAACUAUCAGAAAAACGACGCUAAUGAUGAUCUAUCUUUUUACAAUCUUAUCCAAAUUGGUUCAGGGGCGAUUUGGUCACGUAAUACGGCACAGUAUACUUGUCUGUCAUCGGCAGUGAAAACAAAUAACCGUUCUAUGGUACUCUUUCGAAACAUGAGUUCUUCGCAACUGUGCUACUUUGGGUUGUCAGCAGUAUAA